AUGGGGAAAAAAAGCAUUGAGGAGUGGAUUGAGGAGGAAGUCCAGCACCUGGCGGAGGAACUCGGGAAUGCCAAAGUCGUCUGCCACACCUUUGAUGGAAAGUGGAUGUUCAGAAGGAUAAAUGUUCUUGAGUUGACAGUCCGCUUGGCUCAGUGGCGCCUCAUCAUCACACAUGCAGUAUCUAAUGACAUCUGCUCCAUUGUCUUUGGGAUCUGCUUUGACUACCAGGACCAGAAGUUCCUGACCUUGAUGGGUGCCAUCAACAACUUUUUCUCAGAUUUAAGCAGCAUCUGGAGUUUGCUGCAGGACAGGAACAAGGGGAUGAUUGAAAUACUGCAGAAGGUGAAAGAGAAGUACGGCCCCGUUUUCACAGUGAAUUUUGGCCCACGGCAUUUAGUGUAUUUCUGCGACUCCAAUUCCAUGAGGGAAGCCCUGGUGGACCAAGCAACAGAGUUCAAUGGGAGAGCGAGAAUGGAGUCACUGGACAGAUUCUUCCACGGUCACGGUUCUCCCUUUGACCCCACCCUCGCCAUCACACACUCGAUUGCCAAUGUCAUCUGCUCCAUUGUCUUUGGGAACCGCUUCAACUACAAGGACCAGAACUUCCUGAACUUGAUGGGCAGCAUCAACAACGCAUUCUUGGAUCUGAGCAAGAUCUCAACUGUGUUCUAUGAGAUGUUUCCAAGGAUCAUGCAGUACGUACCUGGCCCACACAAUCGGGCUUGUAACCACUACAAGGCCCUACAUGAUUUCAUCCUGGAGAGGGUGAGGAUAAAUCAGCAGAGCCUGGACCCCAGCUGCCCUCGGGACUUCAUUGACUCCUUCCUCAUCAGGACGGAAGAGGAAAAGCAAAACCCACAGAGUGAAUUCAGCACCAGAAACCUGGUGGACACAGCAAUCCAGUUAUUCUUUGCUGGGACGGAGACAACGAGCUCCACCUUGAGAUUCGGACUCCUGUUCUUGGUGAAAUACCCAGAGGUCCAAGACAAGGUGCGAGAGGAAGUCGACCGCGUCAUAGGGCAGACCCACAGCCCAGCCAUGAAUGACCAAGGCCGGAUGCCGUACACCAACGCUGUGAUCCACGAGAUCCAGAGAUUGGCUAACAUCCUCCCCAUCGGGGUCCCACGCAAAGUGGCCUGCGACACCCACUUCCGGGGGUACCUUCUCCCCAAGGAUACAGAUGUCUCCACAGCCUUGGGCAUAAUUCUCCAGGACCCCAAAUAUUUCAAGGACCCAAAAAGCUUUCACCUGGAGCAUUUCCUGGACGAGGAAGGCCACUUCAAAAAGAAUGAUAGCUUUCUGCCGUUCGGCACAGGAAAGAGGGUGUGUCUGGGCAAGAGCCUGGCCCUCAUGGAGCUCUUCCUGAUGCUGACCACCAUCCUGCAGCGCUUCACCCUGAAAUCACCAAAAGAGCCGCAGGAAAUCGAUCUCACCCCAAAAGUGAGCGGACUUGGGAUUGUUCCCCCAAACUACGAGCUCUAUGCCCUCCCACGGGAGGAAGGGCUGCACGACAGCGCCUAG